GGAGUAAUUUUAUCUUUUGUUAACGCGAGGGUGAUGUCAGAGUAACGUCGUCAUUCUUCCUUAAUGUAAACCAGACAAUAUCAUAAUCCGAUGUAAUAAUCGAACUUUUAGUAAAAGGCAUAUUUCAAAAGACUACCUAAUGACCAUGAUUACAAAGCUGCCAUCUAUUUCGCUCACCAAGGCUCUGACACUGAUAGGAGGUCUGGUGUAAACACGUCAAGGGCCAGCGAGUUUUUUAUUUUUUUAUUUUUUCUUAUAGAUUCUGGUUAUCAAAUAAAAGGCAGUGCAAAUCCUUUCUCGUUCUAUUGCAGGCCUAGACCACGGGAAAGGACGGAACAUUUCUUGGAGGAAAAUACCCACAUUUCUUGUUGGGCUGUAAAUGUGUGGAGGUUUAUUUAUUUUUGGACGAAAUAGGCUAUAACUUCGGUGAAGUUAUUUGUUGUUAAUCCGAAACGUCUAUCCUUGAAGAAGCAACUAAAAUACUCGCAAUGCAGAAGUGUCUUGGUGUUGUCUGUGUUUCUAUUAUCUUUUCCGCAGCACUGUCUGAGACUGUUGGAUUAGUGACUGGGGCCAAAGACAAACGAGGCUGGACUCUGAACAGUGCUGGAUAUCUCCUGGGGCCUCAUGCCAUCGACAGUCACAGAAGUGAUAAGCAUGGGCUGGCAGGGAAGAGGGACCUGCUGCUGGAGGAUGACUUCAAAUCAGGUGCUUCAAGAAUGACAGAUGAGAAUGUCAUUCACACCAUCAUUGACUUCCUAUCAUACCUGAAAAUGAAAGAAAUGGGGGCUCUUGACAGUCAGCCUUCCUCAAUCACAUCAGACGAGAUGCCUUAGCUCUCUUUGGCCUGGUUGAUACCGUAGGACUCUGGCUGCAGGACCCUGAAAUCCUCUCACCUUCAGCUCUGGAAUUUGGCCUCUUUUCUGAAUUAUUGCGUCACAUCAGCUGUUGCUCGCAUCAUUUCGGCCUGUACAUGUAUGUCUGCCUGCCUUUACGGCAAUGCUGCUGUUUGGUUUGUUUUUGGUUGGUUGGUUUGUAAAAACAUUUUAUGAAUAAAAUGUUAAUUGGC